AUGUCUACUCCCGUCCAAAAGUCGGUCCCUCUGACCUGCUCCGGCCACACGCGGCCCGUGGUGCACCUCGAGUUCUCGGAGCUGCAGGACGACGGCACCUACUCGCUGCUGUCGUCGUGCAAGGAUGGCAACCCGAUGCUGCGCGACUGGCUCGGCGACUGGGUCGGCACCUUUCUCGGCCACAAGGGCGCCGUGUGGUGCUCCAAGCUCUCGGGCGGCGAGGCGUCGCUGGCCGUCACCGCCUCGGCCGACUUUUCCGCAAAGGUGUGGGACACGUUUACCGGCAGCUGCCUCCACACCUUUCCCCACAACCACAUUGUCCGCAGCGCCGCCAUCAACGCGCGCGGCACCCGCAUCCUGACGGGCGGCCACGAGAAGAAGCUGCGCCUCUUUGACCUCAGCCGGCCCGACGCCGAGCCCGACUACCUCUUGAUCGACGGCGAAAAGGGCACCGCCCACGACGGCACCAUCAAGAGCGUCGUCUGGCACCGCCACCUCGACGGCAGCACGGGUCCGACGGCGACGGCGACAGGCGCGGGUGCGGGUGCGGGGGCCGCGACGGCGACGUCGAAUGGCCGGGGGACAAGAGGCAACGGCGCGGCGGGAGCCUCGGAGGACUCGGUGGUGGUGUCGGCGGGCGAGGACCGGACGGUGCGGUGGUGGGACACGCGGACGCUGCGAAAGACGCACGAGCUCAAGUUCGACGACCCCAUCACGAGCAUGGAGCGGUCCUACGGCAGCCUGGGCGAGAUCCUCACCGUCACGAGCGGGAAAAAGGUCCUCUUCAUCGACGCCGCAAGCCGCACACCGCUGCAGACGCACACGCUGCCCAUCACGCCGUCGUCGGUGUCGCUGCACCCGACGCUGGGCGACCGCUUCGUGGCGGGCGCCACCGAGGACGGCUGGGUGCGCGUCUACGACUUUGCCACGGGCCAGGAGCGCGAGCUGCACAAGGGCCACCACGGGCCCGUCCACUGCGUCUCGUACAGCCCAGACGGCGAGCUCGCCGCCAGCGGCAGCGAGGACGGAACCAUCCGACUGUGGCAGACCUGGCCCUCGAAGCGGUACGGCCUGUGGACCUAG